AUGUCAAACAGAGCCCUCUUCCACUCCGUAAGGACAACCGUUGGGGUACGUCUACCCUAAAUAAAUUGUGGAGCUGGAAAACAUGUUGCAUGCCCCUAGUCUUUACAUGAUGCGGCGCUAACUAUGCAAAACAGCCAAACAGGGGAACCACCAAGAGCGCAACCUACUAUGGCGUGUACUUCUACCCAUACACCAAACCCAACGACGAUCCAGUCUUUGCCGUGGUUGGCGGUCCGGAAACUAUCAUCGCGAGACCACAUCCCACGAAGGGCCUUGAAGUGAUACAGUACUUCCUCGACGACCUCAAAUUCAACGAGUCAUUAUGCACCGCUUCCUGGACCAAGGACCUGAAAACCGGAGAUCCACUGAUUGCCGUCGGUGGACAAGCUGGGAUCAUCAAAAUCCUCAACGUCAAGAUGGGCAAAGUCAUACAAACUCUCAGCGGCCACGGCGAUGAGAUCAUGGAGAUUCUCACAUCGCCGAGGAACCAAGCGCUCCUAGCCUCCGCCUCAGCCGAUUCCACCGUCCGGAUCUGGAGUCUGGACCCCGCCCACCAGCGGCAACCGUGCGCACUGAUAUGCGCGGGCGAGGGCCACAGAGAGACAAUCCUCUCCAUAGCGUUCCACUCCUCGGGCCGAUACCUCCUAUCCGGUGGCAUGGACCACAUCGUAAAUCUGUGGGUCCUGCCUGACCUCCCGGACGUGUCCACGGGCGAGGACAAACCCAUAACUCUCAUGUACCCACACUUCUCCACCUCGAUGAUCCAUUCAAACUACAUUGACUGCCUCGCCUUCCACGGUGACUACAUCCUCUCGAAGGCAGCGCGGGAGAGCAAAAUCGUCCUCUGGGCCAUCCAAAACUUCACCUCCCGUCUCCCCCCUCCUGCCCCGGACAAAGCGCCCACAACACACGAGUGGCGCGCUACGCGCUCCGCCUUCGGCGGCGGCUUCGAGCGCCUGCUUCAGUUCUCCAUCCCAGACACAGAGCCCUUCUUCAUGCGCUUCGGACUGUUUGCGCGCGCGCGCGUAGACACCUUCUUGGCCAUGGGCAGCACGAGUGGGAGGGUCCACAUGUGGAAUCUGCUGCGCACCGAGAUGUAUGGGAAGAGCCCGGGCGAGACGGGCACCCGGGACGGCAGGGAUACCACCACACCCAGCGAGAGGGGGAGCCCCGUGGUUGCCAACGCCGAACUGAAUACUACAGGCCUUAUCGCCGGUAGCGAUAGGGGGCCCUCUGCCGCCGCUGCUGCCCCUCCCGCUCCGGCCGCGAAACUCCCGCCGAUUCGAGGUGAUGCCCUGGGCGACCCACUCGCCGUCAUUAAAGCGCACUACACGCUGGAAAUCCCAAAGGUCAAGACCACAAUCAGACACGUCGCUUACAGCCUCUCCGGAGAGUACAUGGUCUGCGUUGGCGAGGGGGGGAAUAUCGUGAUUUCAAGAAAGGAUCCAACCGCAAAGACUUGA